GUUUGCUGGGAGUCCAUUUUUAAAGUUAGAAGAAGCCGGUCAAGCGCCCCUCAACGUAAAAAGGGAAAGAGGAAUAAUUAUUCGGUAAAUAAACAUAAAACAAACUGGUUUCCACGAUGAGUGGUAUUCCCGGGACUGCCGUCGUCCAAGUGACUAAUCUUUCAUCGGCGGUAAGCAGCGAGCAGAUGCGCACUCUCUUUGGAUUCUUGGGGGACAUCGAGGAGCUGCGGCUGUACCCGCCCGACAACGGCCCUCUGUCUUUCUCGUCAAAAGUGUGUUACAUAAAGUAUCGAGACCCUUCAAGUGUUGGUGUGGCGCAGCAUCUCACCAACACUGUUUUUAUUGACAGAGCUCUCAUAGUGGUGCCAUGUGCAGAAGGGAAGAUCCCAGAAGAGGCCAAGGCCUUGUCACUUUUGGCCCCCACCGCCCCCGUGCACAGCAUCCUCCCCGGUGGGGGGCUGCUCCCCAUCCCCACCCCGGCGCCGCUUCAGAACCUGAAUCUGCCUCUUGUGAGCCGCAUGACAGCCAGCAUCGAACCUGCCGUGUCGGCACUCUCACAGCCCCCCCUCAUGGGCAACGUGGACCCCUCCAAGGUGGAUGAGAUCAGGAGGACGGUCUACGUGGGCAACCUGAACUCACAGACCACCACGGUGGACCAGCUGUUGGAGUUCUUCAAGCAGGUCGGUGAGGUGAAGUUCGUGCGCAUGGCAGGAGACGAAACUCAGCCCACGCGCUUCGCCUUUGUGGAGUUCGUGGAUCAGGGGUCGGUUAGCAGAGCGCUGACCUUCAAUGGGGUCAUGUUUGGAGACCGGCCCCUCAAGGUCAACCACUCCAACAACGCCAUCGUGAAGCCUCCGGAGUUGACGCCUCAGGCCGCCGCCAAGGAGCUGGAGAGCGUGAUGAAGAGAGUUCGCGAGGCGCAGUUCACCAUCGCCGCCGCCAUAGAGCCAGCCGAGAAAGAGAAGCGCUACUCGGGUCGUUCGGGAAGGUCACGGCACUCGCGGUCUCGCUCCGGGUCGCGCAGGAGGAGGUCGCGUUCCAAACACGGGCCACCACAGAAGUGGUCGAGGAACGACUCGCACGCUCCCCGGGGCGGCCACAGGAGGCGCUCUCGCUCCAGAGACAGGCGGCGCAGCAGCAGCCGCACCAGGGUGCGCCGGCGGAGCCGAGGUCGCUCCAGGAGUCCCCCCAGGAAAGGACGCUCGCCCUCGCCAAAGAGGAGUAGGAAGCGACGGGAACGCAGCCGGGAAGCAAGGGAGCACUCUUCGUCGAGGAAGAGGAGCCGCAAAGACGAGGAGCGGACGAAAAACCGAGCCAAGCCGUACAAGAUGGGGAGGGGCUGCGACAGAGAGGGCUCGGCCACGCCCACUGAGGACGCGACCUCGUCGCCUUUGGCGCAGCACAACGGCAUCCAUCGCAGCAGCGACGACAACUGACUCUGACGCGGUUCUGAUGGCGUCAUCGCUGACGUGUUUGACUCCACCGCAUGGAGGCCACGAGAACGCCGCGCUUGACUUUUCGUCCAAACAUCAGCGACUUUAAUCGACACCACGUCCACCACGCUAACCUGCCGCCACGCUAGCGGGGACCAGGAAGUGUCCACCAGGGUCAGGAUGCUUACAGGAAGGUUCUUUUUUUAUUUCCUGUCAAAGUUGAGCAGAACUAAAAGCGUCCGUUUCCUGGGACUACUGAGCUCAUUUAGACAUGGCGGUACUUCCUUGCGUGUGAUGCCCUCCAUCUUUGUUCGUCGUCACGUGCUGUAAAAAUAGAUUAGCGACUUACAGACGCACGCCAGGCCUCAUCUUGGUGGCGUGGAAGGAAGCGCCCCCUGAUGUUUCCUGCUGGAGGCGCCGUGUUACACUUCACGCCACUUUUCAUUUCCUGUUUUUAUAUUUUAGCCGGUGCUGUUACUGUUUUAGUCCAAGCGCCAUGUCACUGUCCUCUUCUUUUUCUUUGUUGUAAAAAAAAGACAAAACAAAUAUUAUGUAAUUGUAUUUACAUCUCUAAGGUUUAAAAAAAACAGGAAGUGACAUGACAUCAGAGGUUAUAGGUCACCAGACAUAAAGUGCCUACACAACGAUUGUACACAAGCAUGGUUAUUAGCGGCACGUGACAGGCGAAGAAGAAGCUAGUAUUGAGCCGUGCAAAAACGCCGAGUGGUCAUGGAAGGCAACUUAACUUGAAUUUUUUCCCCCGCUUUUAUGUACACAAGCUUCUGUUUGACGUGAUGAAGUUGUGGAGAAAUUUUAGUAAAAUGCAUUUUUGGAAUAA